GCCCUCUUUAACAUCGGUCUUCCUAAUCGAUGUAUUCUCGGCAGCAGCUGUCCCACGCACUGCCUUCAUCUUCACCAGCUGGAGAUUCCAUCUCAAGAAACCACCUUCUUUGCUCAUCCAUAAGAAGCAAUUCCUCAUCCAUUAAAGUGUUAUCAUGAGAUUGCUGCAAUUUGAUCACAUCUUCAUGCUCCACUUCUAAUUCUGGUUCUCGUGCUAUUUCCACCACAUCUGCAGUUACUUCCUCCACUCAAUCUUGAACCCUUCAGAGUCAUCCAUGAAGAUUUCUACAAAUAAAGUCUUCCAUGUGAGAUGAAAUGUUUCAUGAGAUUCCUUUUGAAAAUACCUGAAAAAUGUCUGAAAAUUCCAGUGAUAGUGAUUCUUCUUGUGGUUGGACUGUCAUCAAUCAUGAGGGGUCUGAUAUAGAGAUGGUGAAUUCUGAACAUGGUGCAGCCAGUGACAGCCGUGAACUCACUCCAGAAUGUUCAUUUUUAGAGCAAGAGGAGCCACAGGUAUUGGAAUUAGAGCAGGGAGAAAGCAGCCAAAAUGGCACAGUGUUAAUGGGAGAAACUGCUUAUCCAACUUUGGAAGAAACAAAGUCAGCCCUUGAGGUAGAGGAAGAAAAGCCAUCUGAAGACAAUGUCUAUUUUGGAACUGUCAGUGAUGAUUCUGAUAUUGUUACCCUUGAACCACCUAAGUUAGAGGAAAUUGGAACCCAAGAAGAAUCUCUAAUUGUCAAAGAAGCACAGAAUCCAGAAGACUUUAACAUGGGCUCUUCCUCUAGCAGCCAGUAUACAUUCUGUCAGCCAGAAACUGAAAGGUGGUGGGAGAAGCUGUGGAAGAUUCCAGAAUGCAUAAGGGGAUGGGAUGAUCAGCUGAAACACCAUGUUCCUAGCCAACUCGCUUUCCAAGUAUUUUCAUCUCAACCUAGCGACGACGAAUCAAGUAGUGAUGACACCAGUCCUCAGCCCAGUCAUGCCUUUAGACGACGCCGUGCUAGGAAGAAGACUGUUUCUAGUUCAGAAUCUGAAGAGCGGCUACUUGCUGAACGAGAAACCGAACCUUCCAGGGAGAAGUUGUAUAAGUACCAGUUCAGCAGUGGUCUCAAUAAAUGUGUUAUACUUGCUUUGGUGAUUGCAGUUAGCAUGGGAUUUGGACAUUUCUAUGGUACAAUUCAGAUUCAGAAACGUCAACAGUUGGUCAGAAAGAUACAUGAAGAUGAAUUGAAUGAUAUGAAGGAUUAUCUUUCCCAGUGUCAACAGGAGCAAGAGUCUUUUAUAGAUUAUAAGUCAUUGAAAGAAAACCUUGCAAGGUGUUGGACCUUUACUGAAACAGAGAAAAUGUCCUUUGAAAGUCAGAAAAAGAACCUUGCUACAGAAAAUCAGUAUUUAAGAUCAUCUCUGGAGAAGGAAGAAAAAGCCUUAUCUUCAUUACAGGAAGAGCUAAGGAGACUAAGAGAACAGAUUAGGAUACUGGAAGAUAAAGGAACAAGUACUGAAUUAGUUAGUGAAAAUCAGAAACUUAGGCAACAUUUGGAAGAGGAAAAGCAGAAAAUAAAUAGCUUCCUUAAUCAAAGGGAGACUCUGCUGGCAGAAGCAAAGAUGCUAAGAAGAGAACUGGAGAGAGAACGACUAAGAACUGUUGCCUUAAAGAUGGAACUUCAGCAGUUAAUCACUAGACAGUCCUAUGGUGACCCAUACUCUCCCACUGUAUUGGCUGAAAAAAAGGAAAUAGAAACCUUACGGGGAAGACUCACUGAGCUGGAGCAGAAGCUAACAUUUGAACAGCAGCGUUCUGACUUGUGGGAAAGACUAUAUGUUGAGGCAAAAGAUCAAAAUGGAAAACAAGAAACUGAUGGAAAAAAGAAAGGGGGCAGAGGAAACAGUAGGGCUAAAAAUAAGUCAAAGGAAACAUUUUUGGGUUCAGUUAAAGAAACAUUUGAUGCCAUGAAAAAUUCAACCAAGGAGUUUGUGAGGCAUCAUAAAGAAAAAAUUAAACAGGCUAAAGAAGCUGUGAAGGAAAAUCUAAAAAAAUUCUCAGAUUCAGUUAAAUCUACUUUUAGACAUUUCAAAGAUAACACCAAGAAUAUCUUUGAUGAAAAGGGGAAUAAAAGAUUUGGUGCUACAGAAGAAGCAGCAAAAAAACCAAGAACAAUUUUUCGUGAAUAUUUACAUCCACAGAGUAAGGCAGCUACACAAAACCAGAACAGUAGAGGCCCUACUAUACAAAGAGAGGAAAGGAAAGAAAAGCCAGUUCAAUUUGAAGGAUGUGGAAAAAAUACAAAUUCCCAGAAAUGCAGUGCUGAACCUCAGUGUGGUAAAAAUUAUCAUUCUUUGAGAAAGGCUUGUUUUGGUGUAUUUGACUGCGCUCGACAGGAAUCCAUUAGCCUUUUUAAUACAGUGUUGAAUCCUGUAAGGAUAGAUGAAUUUAGACAAUUAAUUGCAAGAUACUUAUUACAAGAACUGAAUGGUUUCUAUCAUUGGAAAGAACUUGAUCAAUUCAUCAGUCAGUUUUUUCUGAAUGGUGUCUUUAUACAUGAUCAGAAGCUCUUCUCUGACUUUGUUAACGAUGUUAAAGAUUAUCUUAAAAACAUGAAGGAAUAUCAAGUAGAUAAUGAUGGAGUGUUUGAGAAUUUGGAUGGAUAUAUAUAUAGACACUUCUUUGGUGAAACAUUUUCCCCUCCAUAUGGACCCAGUCGACCUGAUAAAAGGCAACGUAUGGUAAAUAUUGAAAACUCCAGGCGCCGAAAACAAGAGCAGAAGCACCCUCAGCCACAGCCUUAUAAAAGGGAAGGUAAAUGGCAUAAAUAUGGUCGCACUAAUGGAAGACACAUGGCAAAUCUUGAAAUAGAAUUGGGGCCGUUACCUUUUUAUCCUAAAUAUUGAUCAUCAUGAUUAAGUUAAAUUAGAAAAUUGUAAGAAACAUGGAUGCUUUCUACAAUGUUUGAUGUUGAAACUAAGAUGAAAUUAUAAAGAUGACUCUUUUUUCCUUUUCUAAGUUUGAUGACUUUAUACUGUUACUCAGAUGCAUCAAUCAAAAGCUUACUAACCUGCAUUUUCCUGUAGUUUAGCUUUGUUGAAAUUUUUUGGCACUGGAAAUGUUCACCUGUAGUAUUUUUUUGUUAAACCAGGCAUGCAACAGAUUUUAUGCAUGAAAUGAGACUUCCUUUCAGUCUGAGCGUAAAGCAAAUGAGCUAAAAUCACACAUGACAAAGUGUAAUUAACACUGAUACUUGUGUUAAAUUUACAGUAGAGCUUUUAAAAAGUACAUUGUGAUGCAGUAUCAUCUUUAGCAUUUUAUAAUUUUAAUUUUACACUUGCUUCUUGUCUUUUUGUGGGUUCAAGAGCCCGUUGACUUGUGAAGAAUUUGCUGUCUUCUUGUGAAAGCUUGCUGACUUGUUCUCUUGUGAAAUUUCUUGAUUAUCUGAAUAUUGUGGAAGAACAAUAAAACUACACCAUGAAGAAAACGAAAGGUCUUUAUUUAAAAAUCUGGCAUUGUAUUAAUAUGUGAUUUUAUACUUUGUGAAAUUUUGUGCAUUUCCUUGGUAGUCCUAUUAGGUAAAGCAGUUCAUAGGGGGUUUUUUGUUUGUUUUGUCUUAUCCAGAGUUUAAGUAUCUAAGCAUUACUUGUUUAUACCAAGCAAUGUCAGUUUGCCUUGGAAAGAGCUAAACACAGUUCAGAAUUUCAUCUUCUGUUGAGUAUCCUUUUAAAUUUCCGCUCAUAGAUGUGUAUGUGAUUCCCAGUUCGACCCUCUGGCAAGUGAGUGUGGAAGAUAACAGCUGUUCUCUCAUAGUUUUUUGAAAUCAGGAAAGCACUUAUUUCCUGGAAGUAAAUAAAUGUCUGUAUAAAUAAGGAUACAUUUUAACUGCAUACUGUUUCAAAGAAUUUUAGAAGUACCUAUUUUAAUUGCUCUUCUACAAAUGUUCUCUUAAUAAAACUUAAAGUUUCCUAAUAAAAGUGUUAACUUAUGGUAAAUAUGUACCUUGACAGUUAAUAGAACUGGGCUGAUUUUGACUGGGGAAAAGACAAUUACAAAAUACCAGCACUGAAAGGGAGGGCCAUAGAAAGGUUAUGUUAUUUAUUUGUCGGGUAUUUGCUAUACCUGAGAUGGAAAAAAUAUAUUAAGUUUUCCCUUUUAUCAUGUUUACUUACCUUCUCCAAAACGCUGAAGAUGAUCAAGUGAGUAGGCAAUAACGCAUCUCUUUGAAACUCAUUAUAUAACCAGUUUAAGGGAUUUAGAUAAAAAAUUUCUGCUUCAUCCAGAUAAUCACUUUUUCCAGUCAGGUCUGGGGGACAUUGGAGAAAUCUCAUUGGAAGUGGGCAGUGAACAUGGCUAUGAAAACAAAGUUACCAUAAUAGUUACAAGAAGUUAAAAAAAUUGUGAAAAUAUUCAAAUUACUCAUAAGAUAUAUUGUGUUCUUAUAACAAAUGUGAGGUCUGAAUCUAUAAACUGGGCUCCACAAGAUGAGGAAUGAAGAGUUCAAUACAGUUUUCUCAAAAGAUGGAGAACAUAAUUUCUAUACCAUGUGGCUGUAGAGCAGCAGCACAACAAAAAAGUCCAAACUAAAGCAUGAAACUCCAUUUCUAGGUGGGAACUUAAUAUUCUUUAGCAUUAGUAUGCCAUUCCAGGACUUCAGCUUGCUUUUGGGCCAGGUUAGUUAUUUGUCACAGGACAGUGAUUCUCCAUAAGCUUAUAUGGCAAGGUAGAAAACUGUGGUCAUGAACCAGAAAGGAUUCUUGCUCUCUCCCCUAUGUACUCUGGCUCUUGAUGCUUGAAAGGGGAUAGAUAACAUAUUUAAAUGACAAGUUUCUUCCUAUUUUUAAAAUUUUUUUUUUUACCUUAUAUAUUUAUAUAAAUAUGAUUGCUUAUAGAGAACAGCAUAUGUUCACUGAUUAACAUCGAAGUAAGUAAUGGUUUUAUUGUGGCAUAGAAAGACCAGAGUGUCUCUGUGAAAAGAUGGAUUCAUUGCCAACACUAAUCAAGGCACAUUUAAGCCAAUUACUUGGACCAUGCAAAAAUCCAUGUUUAUAACUUUGCCUUAGGAAAAUUAUAACUUAAUACAAAGAGUUAAGAUGUCCAGUUAGAAGCAAAGUUAAAAAAUUACGUAGAAGAGGUUUAUCAAUGAAAUGCAAUUAAAGUAAAUUUAUAAAAAAUCUAAUAACUUUAAGACUUUUAUUAUAAUUUUGGAGAUACUGGUCCUAUUGCAAGAGGGGAGCAGAAACUCCUGAGGAAAAGCUGCCAGCUUUACAUCCCAAAGUAGGAAUCAGCUUUUUCCCCCUCCAUUGUGUGCUUUGAAAAAGAGUAAAGUGAGAGCUUGUGAACUAUACAAAGCGUCAGACAUCUGCCAGUAUAGCCAUAUAAGGAGGGCAUCUUGGUAUCUCUAGAAUUCUGGUUCUCUGCAGUAUUACCAUUAGAGUGAGCAUGGAGGGAGAAAUGAGUGAAUGUAUCUAUUUUGGUCCCAGUGUUAAAGUUUUUUUUGCAAGGGAUCCUUGAGUUGAAGGGAUACUUGAGGUCUUUCCGUCUAAGCCAGGCCUUGUGCUAGAAAAUUUGUGAUUUUCUAAAUUGUGUAUUAAUGAUUGGCAUUAAUGAAUCAGUUAAACAGAGCAUUUUAAAAGGGUUAAAUUCCGCUAAAGUGAUAUCCACAUUAAUGUUAAGUUGACUGCUUGAAUGUACAUAUAGAAAAUUAACAUCAGAUUGUUUAAACCCAGAUUGAGUUAAAUAGGAGUAGCAUUUCCUAUAGGAAAGCUGGCUGCUUUAGCCAAUACUGUCAUUGGGUAACUGGUAACUAAUUUGGCUUUCUGAAAUUAAGUAUAGGGUCAAAUGGACAUCUUCUUAAAAUUCCCCUGCAUAUUUGAAGCAAUUUAGUAUUUUACAUUUCCUAGAAACAAUUUAAGCAUAGAAAACCAUCUAAUUGAAUUGCUAAUUUACAGAGAGAGACACCUGACAUCCAGAGAGAUUAAAAGACUGGUUUAAGACCAGGGCAACAGUCCAGUAGUAAAUCUGGACUAGAAUUCAGUGCUUUGAGAUAACAUAAAUAUAUUUAUAGCAAGAUCAAUGAUAACUUAUUAAGAAAACUAUAAAAUACUUCUAAAACAACCUUUAUCCUACACUUAAAUCAGACUCUUUUAAGAAUAAGGUGUUUAAAAUUAAAAAUAAAAAUAUUAAUGGUUAUUUAAAAGUGGAAAAUAAUAUUCAUUGACAAAGUUCAAAUGGGUUUUAAAAAUCCAUCAAUGAAUAAAUAAAUGGGAAUUUCAAAUUUCUUGUAAUCAUUUCAUCAGUGAUAAUUUAAAUUCUGGAAUCUAAAAAGGAAUUUUAAAGCACUCAGUUUCACUGUCUAGUAGCAUAGAAGAGAACAACUUUUAUUACCUGUAAUAAGGAGUAGAGUGGCAAGGCAUCAUUACAAAUACUGAAGAGUUACUAGGACCAUUGUAACAGAGUUCUUGAAUGUGACUCAUGACAUCAAGAGUACCUCGUUGAUGGACUAAUCCAGUGUAGAAGGCAAGCAUUAUAUUUGAUAAAAACAAGAAACUUAUAGCUGGUUUCUUCCAAAUUUUCAGGUGGUUUAGUGAGUAUCCUAUAUGAAGAUACACACAAUUAACUGAAACAUUGGAAUUGAGCUGUCAAAGAUGGGCACAUCUUUUGUUUUUUAUAGCUAUGUAAAUGUUAACUGCGAAUACAUUUGUAAUUUUUCAUGAAGACAACACAAGCUGAAAUGCUGGCAUGGACAAACAAGGAAUAAACAAUAAGUCAUAUUCA